CUCCUCCAUGUCGGACUCGUUCGAAUGUGUCCGCCGAAGAGAGGGAAAGCCGUGUCCGCUGCGUCUCUGGCUAGAUCCCGCGGGUCCACCCGGGCUCGGCUCGCUGCUCCCCCCCCCGGGGGACUGCGGUGAGGGCACCCCAAAAACAACGCGGUACGAGGUCGACUGUCGCCCCCAAACCGCCACCGAGUCGUCUGACGAAGCUAAUGUAGCCGCUGUAAGCUACCAACUGACCGUGACGUCACAGGAAAGGUCAGACGGUUCCAGCCAAUCGGCGUUGAGCAUGAUCACCUUCGUCCUGAUGGUCAACCGCCAGGGUCAGACCCGACUCAGCAGGUACUACCGAGCGGUCGACAUGCGCCGCAGGACGGCGCUGGAGGCCGACGUGGUCCGGGUGUGCCUGAGCCGCAACAGAGACCAGUGUUCCUUCCUGGAGUACGACGACUCGAAAGUGGUUUUCCGCCAGUACGCCGCUCUCUACAUCGCCGUGGGCGUCUCCCACGACGAGAACGAGUUGUCCGUCUACGAGCUGGUGCAGAACUUCGUGGAGGUUCUGGACAAAUACUUCAGCCGUGUGAGCGAACUGGACAUCAUGUUCAACCUGGACCGGGUGCACGUGAUCCUGGACGAGAUGAUCCAGAACGGCAACAUCGUGGAGACCAACAAGAGCAACAUCCUCGCGCCGCUCAACGCCCUGGACAAGAUGGCUGACGGAUGACGCCAACAUGUUGAUGUUACAAAUCUUUUUUUUUUGUUUAUUGGAUAAACUGAGCCCCCGUUUAUUGCUUUUUUACUGAAUUAGUCCCUAAAUUAUUAAUUUACUCCAAUAAAUAUAUGUAUGGUA